AUGUUACACCAGAUCAUGGGUCAGGCCAAGAAGCAUCCGAGCUUGAUCCCCCUCUUCAUAUUUAUUGAGGCAGGAGGUACUGGAGCAGCACUCUAUGUGUUGUGCUUGGCAAUGUUCAAUCCAGAUGUCAGUUGGGAUAGGAAGAAUAACCCAGAACCUUGGAACAAACUGGGUCCCAAUGAUCAAUAUAAGUUCUACUCAGUGAAUGUAGAUGAUAGCGAACUGAAGAAUGAAGGUCCAGACUUCUAAAUGAAAUGUUUCACUAUAAAGCUGCUUAGAAUGAAGGUCUUCCAGAAGCCAUACGCACAAUUUUCCACUUAUCCAGGAAAUAUUUCCCCUCUAAAUGCAUGAAAUCAUGUUGGUGUAUUGUGUUGGGGUUUACACUGAAUAAUAAAUAUCUGAAACUUGAAAAA